GGUUUUGUCGUUUGGAAUUUACAAUUUAGUUAUUGGUUAUUUUACUUGUUGGUUAGUAUUUUGAGGUGGAGUUCGUUUAUUUAUUGGGUUUUCUGUGGUAUUAUCAAUGGAACAGUUUGAUUUGUGAGUGGUUUUGUAGAUCAGAACUGUUAUAAUGUAUUGUGGUAGAAAUAUUUCACUUCUUGAUUUAGAAAUGCAACGUUUUUAGUAAGAGACGUUCCAACACAUAAGCGAAUGAGUUUGUUAUGGUCGUUAGUGAAGUCUAACCUGAAACUUGUUCGGUACUCCGCUAGUCUAAAUAAUGUUCAGUUUUAUGAAAAAAGGUGGAAAUGCAGUGGAGAAAGAAGAAAAAGAGAAAAGGAAGAAGGAGAAGAAGGAGCUGAAAAAGAAAGAACGGAGCAAUAUGACAGCUGAGGAAUUACUACGUUUGGAUGAGGUUCGUCGAUCAUUGAAAAUCCGCGGUCGUCACAAAGAAAAAGAGAAAUUGCCGAGUGGUAUCACAGCCGAUUACAGCGCUUCGUUUCUGGGGGACCUGACUCAGAGUGACAGCUCGGAAGCAAGUCUUGGAUCGCAAUCUCACGCACCUCCGCCUCGACCUCCCAAGCGGGGCAUCCUCAAACAAGCCGUCAAACCAUCCUCAGCGAACGCUUGCAGUGAUGAUACCGUCAUCAAAAACACCCUGCACAAUGAAAUGAUAAUCUACCAGAAUGUGCAGGCGGAAUCGCCUAGCAUGGACAGUCUGACGGAUUCCAGCUUCACGACUCCGCUCAGUAUCAGUCCAAUCAGACGGGAUCUGCCUCUGCCUGAUGUGGCCCCUCUGGUGCUACCGCCCGCCAGGGAGCUGGCAAUCACGAGGCAACCCCAUCCAAGGAACGAUUUCGGGUUUUCGUUGUGUCAAGCGGUGACUGUUGAGCGGCACCCGAGUGGAGGGUACCAGUUGAAGUCUGUCAUACUGGCUGAACCGAGUGCCAACUCUCAGUCAGUUCAGGGUCUUCUUCCCGGCGACCGUCUGCUGCAAGUAAAUGGUGUCAGUGUGGAUGAUAAGUCCAGGGAGGAGGUUAUAGAAAUGAUUAAGUCAUCUGGAUCUUCCGUUGUUGUCAAGGUCCAACCUGUACCUGAACUUAGUGAACUUUGUAGAUGCUAUUCGAGUCAAACCCAGGAAGAAGAAACGACCAUAAGAACCGGUACAUUGAGGAAGAGAAUCAAGGAGAAAAUGGCCAAAUCGGAGGAGGAAGUGGCGCAAGAGAGAAAUUGGUUGGAGAGUGAACGUGAAAAACUGUGGUAUGCACAUAGUUUGGGAUUCUCGGCCGUUAAAGAAGUGUCCAGGUGUCCACAAACCGAUAAGGUGAUUGUAUCGUUUGAAAAUUCGUCCGAAGAUAUAUAUGUCGAUGAGGAUGAUAUUGAAAAGGCAAACCCAUCUGUGCUGGAUAGAGUGGAUGAUCUGUCACUUCUCCGUUACGUGAAUGAGACUAGUGCUCUUCACACACUCAGACAGCGGUUUGCUACAAAUCUAAUCCACACCUACGCGGGAGAAUGUCUAGGCAUCAUAAACCCCAUGGCACCUGUUAGUCUUAUCUAUUCGGAAAAGGUUGCUAAAAGAUUCCAUGGCUUCAAAUCUGAAGAGGAAAUGCCAGCUCAUAUCUACGCUGUUGCGCAGUCCACUUACCAUAGUGCAAUAUCAUCUCGAUCUGAUCAUUCCAUCGUAUUUUUGGGACGGUCAGCAAGCGGAAAAACUAAUAACUACAGGCAUACAUUGCACUACCUCCUCUUAUCAUCUGGUUUUACAAAUAAGGUGAUAACAGCAGAGAAGCUGAACGCGAUCUGGCUGAUUUUGGAGUCAUUUGGGAAUGCUCGAACUCUUCUCAACAAUAAUGCAUCAAGGCUGUCUCAUUCAUUCAGUGUUGGUUUUGAUUUCAGUGGUCAGAUCGUAUCGUCCACUCUAAACAUAAUUAUCUGUGAUAAAUGGCGUACUAUCCAAGUGCCUGAUGGUGAACUUUCAUUCCAUAUAUUCUAUCAACUAUUGGCCGCGGCUCCAUCUGUGGGAAAUCUACAUAGAGAUCUCUACCUCAAUUAUCUGCCUCCAGACAAUCCAUUCCUAACUCAAAUGAAUCAGAUUCUUGAUGAAGAAGAAAGACAAAAACUGAGCCAACAAUUCUGCUGUCUGUGUGAAAUGUUUACCACGCUCAACAUUUCUGAUGCCGAGGUGAAAGCUAUUUGGUCAAUUAUAUCUGCCAUUCUUCACCUAUCGUCUGCUGGUGCUACAAAAAAUGUAGCCGGGAACAGAUGGCAUUUUAGGAGUACAGAUAAUGCCGACUGGGCAGCUCAGUUGCUGGGUACCAGUCUUGAUGAGCUUAGCUAUAUUCUGCAAAACCAGCAACUGGAUGGACUCCUAGCGGGACUCUACGGAGAGCUUGUAAAUGCUGUAGUCGCUGCAAUCAACAGGAGUAUAUCGACUGCCAACAGCGUGUUCUCAGUAUUACUGGUAGAUAGUCCUGGAUUUCAAAGCCGAGAAGGAGGGGCUGGCUACUUUGAUCUUUGUCAUAAUUAUUUAGCUGAAAGACUGCAGCUCCUAUUCCACCAGACUUAUUUGGUGGCCCCUAGAGAGAAAUAUAUGCAGGAGCAAAUAGAAGUUCCUUCUCUAGAUGAAGCUGAAGAAUGCUCUUCUGAGACGGUAGUAUCUCUAAUAGACUGUGCAGUCCAGUCCUCAGUGGCUCAAUCCGAAAGAAAGCCUGGAUUAUUCAGUUUACUGGAUGAUGUAUCAGCCAAUCCAUCAUCAACUGAUAAUACUUUUGUUGAUAAAAUUUUCUCAGUCUAUGACGAGAGAGAUUAUCAAGGUUUAUUGGGAAAAGGAUCUGCCCGACAUCAAUUCAGCAUUAGACACUGUCAAGGUACAAAUCCUGUUCUUUAUUCCGUGAAGGGUUGGUCAAAAUAUUCUCAAGAAAUUCCCAUUUCACGGUUAGCUGUUUCUAUAUUGCACGAUUCUAACAGACAGGAAAUCAAACAGCUGUUUGCUUUAGCUGGUAAUGAUGGAAUCCGUCAAAGAACUGGGACACUUGCGGCCAUGAAAAGAAAAUCUAUUUCAUUUCAAGUCAAAUUUGCAGUGGAUGGUAUAAUCGACACCCUGAAAAGGACUAGGACGAAAUUCGUGCAUUGCUUUCUACCUCAUAAUAAUGACAAUGAUACAUUAAUUGAUGUUCCUCUACUAAGAUCACAGCUAAGAGGUUCUCAAUUGCUAGCAGUGGCUAGAUUCCACAAACUGGGCUUCCCCAAGUACAUGUCUCUUUCCGAGUUCUACCGACGAUUCAGUCUCCUAGCCAGUGAUCACUCAAUCACCAACACAAGCAAGGUUUUGAGCGUCUCACAACAACGCCAAGCCGUGGAAAAGAUCCUGGAGUGUCUGGAUUUGGAUUCAGCGUCCUACAGGAUCGGACUCAGUCAGGUAUUUUUCAGGUACGGAGUAUUGGCUGUGAUUGAAGCUCAAAGGGACGAGAAGUUGACUAGUAGAAUAAUACACUUCCAGGCUUAUUGUCGAAGCUAUUUAACACGGAAAAAGAUUGUGAAACGCAAGGUUCAAGAACUGGCUGUGAAAUGUAUACAAAGGAAUGUCCGUAAAUUUCUCUCUGUUAGAAAUUGGCCUUGGUGGCGUCUUCUCGUCAAAAUUACACCCUUGUUAAAUAUUCAUCGAACUGAAGAAGAGCUGAGAGAAAAGACUGAGGAGCUUGAAGUUUUGCGGUCGAAGGUUGAGAAGUUGGAGCAAGAGAGAACUGACUUGAAACAAGAAAACACCAAAUUGGAAGCGAAGUUGACUGAAGUGUGUGCAGAUCUAGCAGAGGAGAGAUCAUGUGCUGCAUUGUCUUCGAACCAGUUGGAGUUAGAAACGACCGAAAGAAUGCGACUCGAAAAAGAAGUCAUGGAAAUGCAGAGAGAAAAAAAGCGUCUGAUAGAAACUAGUGAACGCUUAGAGCUUGAACUGCUGUGCAGUGGAUCAGCUGAUCAGGUGGAUGCCUCGGGAGGCGAGCAUACCUUCCAGGAGCGCUACAAGCAGGCUUUGAGGGAACUGGAAGUCACCAGACGUCGGCUGCAACAGACUCAUCAGCAAGAUCUAGAGCAGCUUGUCGCGCUUAAAAAACAACUGGAAAAGAAGUUGAGUGAUGCAUAUGAAGAGGUCGAAGAGCAAAGGCAAGUUGUCAGCCAGUGGAAGAGAAAAGUUCAAAAACUAACGGCUGAAACUAAUGAUUUGCGGCUGCUACUUGAAGAGCAAAACUCACGCAAUAAUCUCUUGGAGAAGAAACAGCGCAAGUUUGAUGCUGAAUUCCAACUUUUAACCGAUGACUUACGCCAAGAGAAAGCAAACCGAGAAAGAGCUUACAGAGAGAAAGAGAUGACGCUAGGAGACAAAUGUACUUUGGAGCAGAACUUUAGUGCUCUGAAACUUGAACUGGAGCUGAAGGAUCAGAAAAUAGCAAAUCUAAGCCAGGAACUGGAAGAUCUCACAUUCAGUGGAAACACAGAGGAAGAUGUGGCUCAACUCAAAAAAAUGAAGCAUCAACUUGAAAGUAAAUUGGCGGAUCAGGAAGAAGAGUUGGACGAUCUCGCUGGUCAAGUACAGAUUUUGGAACAGGCCAAACUGCGGCUUGAGAUGAGCAUUGAACAAUUGCGCAAGGAAUAUCGGCGUGAGCUCUCUCAGAAGGAUGAUGAAAUCGAAGAAGUCCGCUGCAAUGCUUACAAGAAGGCAAAAUCUCUGGAAUGCCAGUUGGAGAGUGAGCAUGAGGAGAGGACGGGAUUGCUUCGUGAACGACACGAACUAGACAGACGUCUUGGUGAGAGCGAAGAGAAACUUCGCACCGCUGAACUUACUUAUCAAGAGACGGUGCAGCGAUUGAAGCGUGACUUGCAUCGGACCAAAGUGCUGCUCAGAGACGCGCAAUCUACAAUCAAUCGAUCUUCAAACGAUGGCGCGUCCAAGUCAGUUGUCAGACAACUACGCAAUCAGCUGGAAGACGCGGAAUGUGCUCGAUCGGCGGCAGUAAAGGGGAGACAAGCAGCUGAGGCUGACCUGGCAGAAGCGACUUGUGCCAUGGAGGAGGCUGUGAGGUCGAGGACCGAGGCUGAGGAGAGGCUCAGUGCGGCCAUCCGAGAGAAAGGCCAGAUUCAGUCUCAGCUCGAAGAAAACGAGGAGGAACUUGCUGAGGUUCUGAAGAAAUACAGAGUGGUUGUAAAUCAGCUGUCAGCUGAGCAAGCAGCACAACAAGAACAGGCUGGCAGGGUAGCCGAGUUGGAGAGUGAGAGAGCAAAUCUGCGUGAACAGUUGGCUGAACUGAACUGUCGUGUUGAGUCGCUGGGCGAUCCCAGCUCGUCACUCACCGUCAAAAUGCUACAGUUCAAAAACAAGGAGCUCGAAUCUAAACUGGACCUCGAACAGACAACUAAGGGUCGCCUAGAGACUCAGAUUAACCGUCUGCGUGAACAAACAGAACGUCUGCAGUCGGAAAACACGACACUCCGCAUGAAAGAAAGCACAGCUCAAGAGGCAGUCCGUAAGAUCUCACGUUCAUUGCGGGAGGCCAAGGACCAACUCGCCCUGAUGAUGACUCGGGAGUCGGACCUCAACACUCGGUAUCAGGAGCUGGAAAAACGUCUGGAGUCAUCCGAGGCUGAAACUUCCGCUGUCAGACAAGAUUUGCGAUUGGCUAUGCAGAGGAUUGAGGACUUGCAGUGCGCCCUUGAAGGGGACAUCAUUUCUGACAGUGAUCUGGAAUGUGGAAGCUCAGAUGAUUCGUUGGGAACUUAUCUCACAAAUAAUGUUGUUUGUAGUCCCAGUACAAGCAAAGGAUCAUUUGAAAGUUACCAGUCAGCUGAGAGAAGCCUACCUGGUGUAUCCAAGAGCUUGAACGAUGUUCAAGAACCCGACCAAAGAUUCUUCUAUCUAGUUUUAAAAUACUUUUCCUCUCUUCUUUCUCCUAUCCUAUCAUAUAUAACGGUGAGGUAUGUGUGGUAAACGUUCAUUCUUAUUGUAAUUCAAGUACCUUAAAAUUACAUAGAAAAGUAUAUCCAUAGCUUAUGUACAAAUGUUUAAUCAAAAUACCAAAAAUCAUACCACUAUUGUACUACUACUUUUAGGGUUCUCCAAUUGUCAGAUUGAUUCUUGUAUCUUGUACUUAUUGUAAGAAAUAGUUCUCAUCAAAUUGUGUAGGUCUUCUCAAGUUAUUUGACUAUGUAAUUAUUUAGAAAAUACUAGUGAAAAUUUAAGAAUAAACAAAAUUCAUCUGAAUAAUAUCCAUUAGAUAACAUAUAGAAAUAAUAUUUUCUCCAAUAAUAUUGAUUAUUAAACAUACUCCUUUUCAAUAUAAUAAAUUAUUCAACGGGUUUGUAUAAGAAUAUUUUAUAAUACCUGAUGAGGUAAUUUUGAGAGUACAAGGUUGGUAUACAAUAUACUAGCAAAAAUUAUCAAUCAAUUAUGGUAGAUAUUAAAAUAAAUAAUUAAUUAUGGUAAUCUAUUAAAAUAUACUGGGAAAUUUAUAAAAUUCUAUCAAUUUUGAUGUAAAAUAUACUACAUAUACGCUUAAUGCUAAUUAACUAGCUCCUGAUUUGUUUCUAGGGUAGAAAAAAGCGAAAAGCGCUUUAUUCUAGAAAUAAUAUUUUCUCCAAUAAUAUUGAUUAUUAAACAUACUCCUUUUCAAUAUAAUAAAUUAUUCAACGGGUUUGUAUAAGAAUAUUUUAGAAUACCUGAUGAGGUAAUUUUGAGAGUACAAGGUUGGUAUACAAUAUACUAGCAAAAAUUAAUCAAUCAAUUAUGGUAGAUACUUGUUCUAUUUAAAUAUACUGGGAAAUUUAUAAAAUUCUAUCAAUUUUGAUGUAAAAAUAUACUACAUAUACGCUUAAUGCUAAUUAACUAGCUCCUGAUUUUUUUCUAGGGUAGAAAAAAGCGAAAAGCGCUGGCAGCAUUUCGAAAAUGGUGAUAAUUUUAUUAAAUACUAGAACUUUUUUAUUUCAACUUGGUUAUUAACAAGACAAUAAGCAAAUUUCAGUCAUUAAGGGUACGCAUUUAUUUCUUUUUAUGAUAAAAACACCAAUUAGUGUAUAAUGUUACAUAAAUUAAAUCUAAUUGUCAUUCAUUCAAGUGAUUCCAUUACACUUUAUCUCUAAUUCAAUGUUCGUACUGGAAUAAAUUUGGAUUUUGUCUCCCAAAAAACAUAUUGUAUUAUCUAAAAUUGUAUUUUGUGUAUGUAAUUAAGCUUGAAUGUUAAGGAGUAUUUGAUUAUGUCGCCUUCAAAAUGACCAGAUUUAUAUUAAUGUUUAAUCUUGUAUACAAUUAGAAUUAUUAUUAGUUUUAUUAUUAGUUUGCAUAUUGUACAAUCAAUUAUAAACUUUCAUCCGUAUACAACAAACUAUACGCUAUUUAUUUACACGUUUAAUUGAUGUAUUCUAUUUUUUAAUUUAUGUAAGAGCUUACUUCAUCCGCUCCAGGUUUGAAUCUAAAUUUCAAUUUUUUCAAUCAUGAUUCAUAAUUUAUUCACUUGAACACUUAUUUUCUCAUCCUAUACAAGCAAUUAUUUAGAUUUUCCUUAUAUGUAGAAAUAAAAAAUUAGCUUUUGUAUAAUUAUAUCAUCCAAUAUUUUGAAAUUCUAUAGAAAUGUUCUGUGUGGUCAUUGCAUAUAAUUAUUUGAUUUAUAUUCAACUUAUAAAUUGUUGAAAAUGUCAGUACUAGACAAAAAUACAUGAAAUAUAAAACUAUUUGCAAAGUUUUUUAUUCCAUUCAAUGUGUUGAUUGAAUAAAAAUUAGAAUCUAGUGAAUAGGAACUAUACUAUAAGUUGCUCUGGUGAGGACCACGUUAUAAUUACAGUGGAGUAAGAUAGCAAGGCAGCUUUGCAAAUUCUCUGCCUUGCCACUGUUUUUAUAGAAUGUAGCUGAUACCAUUAUAUCUGAUUUAAUAUUAAACUGUUAAUUCUUGUUAGAA